AGUGAUUUCAGACAGUUACAGAUAAGAGACGUUAAGAGUUAGAGAUGUUAACUUUGAGUUACAUUUGGGUCUAUUUUAAUUUUUUGUUGUCGUGUUGAGGUUGUUACAGUUACAGUUAAGUUAAAAUAACACAGAUGAGUGUUGAUAAGUUUCAGUUAGCCUCGAGUUAGCCAGCUAGCUGCAGUUAGCCUACUCUGCUAGCUAAUGUCUGUUAGACGGGCUCUGGUGGACUGUGUUGUGUUGUCUCUGCAAGAUGCCUGUGUGUUUUAUCCGUGCUGCAAAGGCUGCUUUUCAAGGAUUGAUGCUGAAGGACAGGACACGACGAGAUGCAGAUGUGCUAAGUGUGGUUACAGCUGUGUGAGGGAACAGGUUGACUACAGGUAUCGUCUCUCAUUGAGGGUGACCCGGGACAGAUGCAUAUUUGGAGUGACAGUGUUUGGGACCUGUUUGAACCAAUUCUUUGGCAUUCAUGCAAGUGGUUUACAGAGGCUGGUGGAGAACUCGGACGGAGCAUCAGACAGAUCCACAUUGUUGGUGAAGGCUGUCAAGGACUGUUUCAUUGGCAGACGUUUCAUCUUCGGUAUAAAGGUAUCCGAAACAGAAAGUGCACCUUGGUUAGGAGGACCUGUUUCCAAUGGCUUCAGCAGUAAUGAAGUGGUCCACUUUAUUGCCAGUCAGAUGCUUCUUCCCAAAGCUACCGGCCUGGGUGGCUGCACGGUGGUCAGUUAUUAUCGGAUCCUUCUUCAGAAAGCUGUGGAAUAUGAGCAGGGAUUGACUGCCAGACCCCCAGCAACAACCCUGCUGCUGAUUCCUCGCCAUUUUCCAGCCAGCAGCUUCAAUAAUGCCUCGCUUUCUGCCUCAGGUCUUCUUUCCCAGUCACUUCAAAGUUCACAGAACCAAGAUGGCUCCCUUGCUCCCACUCCUCCAUGGGAACAGUCACUAGGACUAGUAACUUCAUCAGCAGAGCAGGAGGAUGACAGCAGCACCCAGGACAGCGGAAAUGAGAACAGCAGACAAACACCACAUCAUGCACAGAGAGGCUGCUCACAGAUCCCUAAAGUCACAGAGGAGAGAGCGCUGUCAGCGCUUCUUUCUUUAGAGUGCAGUUCUUCCAGUGGUCCGUCAUUUGCCAAAUACCCGUUAUCAUGUGUUGAGAAAACUGUUGGAAACACCCCCAUCCUGAAGACUUGGUUCAGUCCUCCUCCACCUGGCCACAAUACCUCCAAGGAUUUAUCUACCAAAACAUUUUUGUCAGACUCCCUGGCUUGGGAAGAUUUGCCUUUCUCUGAGAGUCUUUCAGAGUUUUUGUGUGAGGAAAACAAAGACUUCAACAAACAAACUGAGCUACAUCAAAAUGUGCAAAAUCAAAAAGAGACAUCAAAAAACAACCUGGAAAUCAAUUCACAAGACAAGAGCGUAUCACAUAAAUCUGUUUGUCAAAGUGAUCCGCAGAUAACAGACAGCCACUCACAGAUAUUACAGGAUAUCACCGACACACCUGCACCGAGUGGAGGUGACAGAGAUCGUUUAUCUGACCAGGUAUAUAAGGACCCUCUUGGAUGUGCAAGCACAAGUCAAGCCAGAAACGUUUGCUUCCAUGAGGGUAAUCAGGAGUAUAAGAAAGAACGUUCUCUCUCUUUUGAAAAUGAAGAGGAAGAGGAGCUCGAAGGGGACACCUAUAAUUGUUCGGCGGACUUAUUCGGUAGCUCACUUGUAAUCGAUGUGAGCACAAACAAGCUCAACACACAUGCAGAAACUGACCGGACAACCACAGAAGCUCGCCCGCCGCUUCCCGAACCAAGAAAAAAGCACAUGAGGAGUGAAAAGGCGACACAUUUAACACCUGACAAAGUGACUCUGAAAAGUAAAAAAUGCAUUAACAGACACAGUUUAAUUCCAACAGACACACAAGAUCUUGACUUCAUCCCUGCCUCUCAGUCCACUCCCAUUGUAAAAGUAGGUGUUGUGACAGGCUCACACAGAACCUUGACAUUAGCUGAAGUCAGUUCACAACCUGACAGUCAAGAUUCUGGUGCCUUUAACAGAUGUCUGCCUGAAUUGGACAGUAAAAAGAGCACUACCUUUUCUCUGUGUAAAUUAAACUGUGUCAGUGCUAACCAGCUGGCCCAGAGUGUCAGAGAGUCUACCAAAGAAAACUCUGCGUGGAGUUUGACACCAAGCCGACACAGAUUUACCCCAAAAAGGAGGUUCUGGAAACCAAACAAACAUAAAAACAAUCUGAGCGUCCAGAUAGGGGCUCCAGGGUCAACCGGAAGGAUCCACCACAAAUGGGACUCAAGUGAUUGUGAUGUGACUGUCUAUGAUUGUGAAGACAAUGAAGUAAUUGUUCCUCCAACUCCUGCUGCUGAAAGACAACUGAGUGCAAAGCUCAGAAGAAAAAGGCGGACUGGUAACAGCAGCAGUAACUUUGGUUGUUGUUGGGAAGGGCAGCAGGGAGAUGGAGUUAACUGUAAAAGAACUCUUUUGGAUCAAACUCUUUCAUCAUCACAGAAAGGUCUGGCACAAACAGGAAAUUGUGACAGUGAGAAGGUUGAUGAGGGGAGUCUGGAUGGGUCUAAUUGUUACCCCCUUAAUGAUGAGAAUGAGGCAUGUGAUUGGUCUAGAGAUCUAUUCUCUGAUUCGGUCUGAGAGUUUCAGGCCAGCAAACUAUGAUAGACCAGUGGUUCUCAAACAGGGGUCCCUGAGAGAGUUUCAAGGGGUCCCCAGAAAAAUGGGGAAUAGUAUUUUUCAGUAUUUAAUUUGUUAUAGAAGUGAGCCCGAUCUGAGUAAUCGUCAUAAAGCUGAAAACACACUGGUACCCCCGCAUCAUGUGCCGCCCCUAGCACACACUGGACGUGUUGCACUGUAGCUUGUCAAUAGACGACCACACAAAGUUGUUACUACUUUUACUGAAAGAUCUGUACUUCCUCCACCUCUGUAUUAGCUAAUAAUCAUGUAUGGAGAGCGCCUAAUUAAACUUGAUUUCUCACCUGAAGAGCCAACCUCCAGGGCUAUGACUUGCCAAUAUCUUUUUGGUCAUUGCCUUUAUAAUGACAGGAUUAUCAUCAUCGUCUUUCUCAUACAUGAGACACAGCAACACCAACAAAGUUCUCUUUAUACAUCAAUGGUGAAGAGAGGAGUCGAGCUGCUACGGGAGCUGGUACGUACAAGAGAACAAGUGGGGGAAAAAUGCAUUUAAUUCCAGGGUCGGCAAGGCUCAUCCAGGAGCGUCAACGCGCGUCUAGCUGCUACCGGUGUGGGGUUGUACUUUGAAAAUAAUAGGGACGUAUUUUUUGACGUGCAGCAUUCUCUGCUGGUGUGUUUUAGCCUUAGAUCACAGGUCUCACUUCCUUCACGGUUAUCUCCUUAAAGGGAAAUUUCGGUUUAUUUCAACCUGUCUCCUAUCGUCCUAAAUGUGUUUCAAGUGAC